GAUAUGUACACGUGAUCGAGGACAAUAAAUAAGUCCUGCUGUUAUCAUGUCUGUCGUCACAUUUGAACGCGACAGUAUCGUUUGGUGGCCUCUCGCUGAAGAAUAAUAACUGUGUCACGUGCACAUCAUACUAGAGCCAAUGAACACUAGCUCAGCCGGUUAAGCUGCUCACUCGGUAGAUUCCAGACUUACAAUACAAUCUUUCUUCUAAUCUUUCAUACCAUCUACAACAAUAUCGAAAUCGGCAGCCAUCGAUAUUAAUACCCGGCACAACAUCAUGGCGUGGAGACAACAAGGAAGCACUGGAUCGAACAAUAUUCCUUUGGGGAAUCGACGACGCUUCCCUGGCGAUGGCGGAUCUGCUCAAGAGGAGAGCUAUAGCCCAGUUCAAUCUUCCAAUAACUACCCUUCCAACAAUCACCAUGAUUCGGGUAUCAAGCGUGGAAGAAGCCCAACUGUAAAGUCCGAAGAGCCUGCAGGCGAUGGAUCUCGACGUCGCAAGAAGAGAAAUCGUUGGGGUGAUGCUACUGAGAAUAAGGCUGCAGGUCUCAUGGGACUUCCAACUGCAAUCAUGGCGAACAUGACAAGUGAACAACUUGAAGCUUAUACCUUGCAUUUCCGUAUCGACGAAAUUACACAAAAACUGAGAAUCGACGAUGUUGUUCCAGCGGAUGGCGACAGAUCUCCUUCGCCAGCCCCUCAAUACGAUAACUUCGGUCGCCGUGUCAACACUCGAGAAUACAGAUACCGAAAGAGACUCGAAGAUGAGCGACACAAAUUGAUUGAUAAGGCUAUGAAAGUUAUUCCUAACUAUCACCCACCACAAGACUAUCGCCGUCCUACUAAGACUCAAGAGAAAGUCUAUGUGCCAGUCAAUGACUACCCAGAAAUUAACUUCAUUGGUUUACUUAUCGGUCCUCGUGGCAAUACAUUAAAGAAAAUGGAGACAGAAUCUCAGGCUAAAAUUGCUAUCCGUGGAAAAGGAUCCGUCAAGGAAGGAAAGGGUCGCUCCGAUGCAGCCCACACCAGCAACCAGGAGGAGGAUCUUCAUUGUUUGAUCAUGGCAGAUACAGAAGAGAAGGUCGAAAAGGCAAAGAAGUUAAUUCAUAACAUCAUUGAAACUGCCGCCUCCAUUCCAGAAGGUCAAAAUGAGCUAAAGCGUAAUCAACUCCGUGAACUUGCUGCUCUCAACGGUACGCUUCGUGAUGAUGAGAAUCAAGCUUGUCAAAACUGUGGUGAAAUUGGCCACAGAAAAUACGAUUGUCCCCAACAACGCAACUUCACUGCCAACAUUAUCUGUCGCGUUUGUGGUAAUGCUGGACAUAUGGCUAGAGAUUGUCCAGAUAGACCUCGCGGUGCCAAUUGGCGUAAUGAUGGCCCUGCUGGUCCAAAUGCUGUACCAGGCCAAGGCCGUAUUGGCUCUGGCGAUGCAGUCGAUCGUGAAUAUGAGCAACUCAUGCAAGAACUUUCUGGCGGUGCCCCGGCUGCUACAGAUGCUCCUCGUCGUAUCGAAUCUGGUCCAUCAGGUUAUGACCAAGGUCCACCAAAAGAUCAAGAAGAUGUCAAACCAUGGCAACGAGGUCCAUCAAAUGCUCCCGCUCCAUGGCAAAGAGGAAAUGAGGGCCGUGAUGGACGUGAUGGCCGUGAUCCUCGUGAUUCUCGCGACUCUGCACCUUCUGGUCCUGCUCCAUGGGCCAGACGAGGAGGUGAUGACAGAGAAAGAGGAGGUUACCAGAAUGGAUACAAUGCUCCACCAUCUGCUCCUUGGGCAAAGCAAUCGCAAGCACCAGCUGCACCAACUGGUCCUGCUGCUUAUCCUGGUCAAAAUGGUUAUGCCCCUGGAUACGGUAGCUACCCUACUCAGCAACCACCAAUGGGUGCUCCUCCUGGUCUCAGCAGCAUGCCAGGACCCCCAGGCCUUAGCACUGCCAGUAUCAAUGCUCUCCUUCAACAAUAUGCCAAUGCUCCUCCUCCACCUCCUCCAUCGAAUUCUGCCCCUCCACCACCUCCACCUGGAAGUGCUCCUCCUCCUCCACCACCAAGCGAUCAGCCACCACCACCACCUCCUCCAGGAAACUAACUUCGUCUUCCCAUGUAAUGCAGAAGACUAUUCUCAAAUAAUUUUCAGCCGGCGUGCAAAAGCAAACAAUCACUGCACCAAGUUUGCAGCCUAUUCAUGAAGGAUACUAACCUAGGGAUUUUUUUAUCCAUACAUACAAGGCUUUGUGUUGACAAAGACGAUGUUUAUUUUUGGGUCGAUAUUUUUCGAGCCCACUUACUCUAAUUUUUUCUUUUGAUUAGUGCCUUGCUGCUAUUGUAACCAUAGGAAAAUAAAUUAUUUGUGAAUAUCUUUGGCUUCUAUGGUCA